CUCCCUCCCUCCUCCUUUCCAACAUCUAAAUGUGCGCUAGCGUUUGAAUAAAGCUUCUUUCUGCUCUCCUACACAGGCAGGAGCCACAGGCCCCCGCAGUCACUGGCCACCGGGAGCUUCGGAGCAUCAACGGUAACGAUGACUUCUCUGCUUCUGCUGUGUGUGUCUUUGCCCUUCAUCUUGGCAACAACAUCAUUUCAACACCAUGACGGCUUGGAUGGCACACUGCGUGUCAGCAUCCCCAUGGAGGUGCCUCUCCGCCCCCUGCUGGGUGGCAAGGUGGUGGUGCCUUGCUAUUUCCAGGACAACACCGCCAGAGACCCUGGUGCACCGACCACAGCCCCGCUCUCCCAUCGCAUCAAAUGGAGCUUUGUCACUAAGGAGAACGUUACCACUAUCCUGGUGGUGUCGGAGGGGAAUGUCCACGUGGAGACGGAGUACCUGGACAGAGUAACAAUGGUCAACUACCCGCUGGUGUCCACAGAUGCCAGCCUGGAGAUAACGGAGCUGAGGUCCAAAGACUCGGGCACCUACCGCUGUGAGGUGAUGCACGGCAUCGAGGACAACUACGACACCGUGGACAUCCAGGUUCAAGGUAUUGUAUUCCACUACCGAGCCAUCACCACCCGGUACACCCUUAACUUUGAGAAGGCCAAGGCAGCUUGCAUCCAAAACAGCGCCACCAUCGCCACCCCAGCCCAACUGCAGGCCGCCUACGAUGAUGGAUACCACCAAUGUGAUGCCGGCUGGCUGUCUGAUCAGACUGUUAGGUACCCCAUCCAUGAGCCGCGGGAGGAAUGCUACGGAGACAAGGAAAACUUUCCUGGUGUGAGAACCUAUGGAGUGAGAGACGUAAAUGAGACUUACGACGUGUACUGUUUUGCAGAGAAGAUGGCAGGCAGAGUCUUCUACUCCAUGUCGGUAGAGAAGUUCACCUUCGACGAAGCUGAGGAUCAGUGCACCAAACUGGGCGCCAGGCUCGCCACCACCGGAGAGCUUUACCUGGCCUGGAAGGGUGGUAUGGAUGUGUGUAAUGCCGGUUGGUUGGGAGACAGGAGCGUACGUUACCCCAUCAACAUUGCCAGACCUCAGUGUGGAGGCGGGCUCCUGGGAGUUAGAACAGUCUACCUGUUCCCCAACCAGACGGGAUACCCCAUCCCGAGCUCUCAUUAUGAUGCUAUCUGCUUCCAAGGCAGUGACGAUGAAGGUGCAGUUCCCGGGAGGAUCACUCCUUUCCCAGACAUCAUGAGCAUAACCCCAGCACCUGGAGUUUAUCCAGGCCUCACAAGCCCCCUUGGGGGUCAGGAGAUCAAGCAUGGCGGUGUGGACAUUCUCACCAAGCCUAUCUCACCUCCUUUUACAGACGCCGCCAUGGCUCGCACCGGUGUGGUGUUCCACUACCGACCUAUUAGUGGUCGGUAUACGCUAACCUUUCUGGAGGCCCAAGAGGUCUGCAAAAGUAUUGGAGCAGUCAUCGCCAGCCCUUUGCAGCUGCAGGCGGCCUUUGAAAAAGGCCUGCACCAGUGUGACGCUGGUUGGCUAGGUGACCAGAGCGUUAGGUAUCCCAUCGUCUCACCCCGAGAUAAUUGUGCUGGUAACCUGCUGCACCUCCCAGGAGUCCGAUCCUACGGUCUGAGGCCAGACACGGAACGUUAUGAUGUAUUUUGUUAUGUCGAACAUCUGCAAGGUGAAGUCUUCUUCACCAGCGACUAUGACAGCUUCUCCUUCGAGGAGGCCGUGCUGCACUGUGAGAAACUCAACAGCACACUGGCCACAACAGGGCAGCUGUACGCCGCAUGGAACCAAGGCCUUGACAAGUGCCGCCCUGGGUGGCUGAUGGACCGGAGUGUCCGAUAUCCCAUCACAACCCCCAGAUCCCACUGUGGGGGAGGCCAGGUGGGCGUGCACAUCAUCUAUGCUUUUCCCAACCAGACAGGCUUUCCAGAUGAGCACUCCCGCUACGACGCCUAUUGUUUCAAAGCUGAACGACCCGCCAUUGAAACUGACAGCGGAACAACCAUUGACACUGACAGUGAAACCACCACUGACACUGACAGUGAAACCACCACUGACACUGACAGCGAAACCAUUUUCGACAAGUUACUGACAGUUGAUGUCAUCAGCAAGACAGCGGUUGCAGUUGAUCAUGCCACUCCCACUAUUGAACCUACUGUGGAUUACAAUGACACUGAAAGAGGUCUAAACAUCACAGAAAUAGAAGAGGUUAUCCAAAAGACAAACAUCACAACUCAGCUAAUUGCGCCUACUGUCCCAGUUGAUGGUUCUGCCUCUGGAUCAGGCGAUCAUUCAGCCAGUGGGGAUAUCUCAGGGGAGUCCAGCACCACCAGCGGGAGUGGAGCCUCUGGUUCGGGACUAGACAUCACCUUCAGUGGACACACAGACAUCCUGUCAGGAGACCAUUCAGCCUCUGGUGAUCCACAAGGAGCAGAGGGUGGCAGCACAAUAUUCACCUCGGGAGACUCCUAUAGUGCAUCAGCAUCUGGAUCUGGUUUUGUUGUAUCAGGAUCAGGUUCUGCCAGUGGCAGUGGAGACAGUGGCUAUGGAGCUGACAUUGUGAUCAAUAUACUGGAUAGAAAAGAGAAAGAACUGUUGAUCCCAACCAUCACUGAGCAGGAAUUAGAUAGCGGAGUCUUGUGGACUUCAGGUAUGUCCGAAGCAGGAAGUAUAUCCGGAUCAGGAACUAUGUCCGGAUCAGGAAGUAUGUCCGGAUCAGGAAGCAUGUCUGGAUCAGGAGGUAUGUCUGGGUCAGGCAGUGGAUUUUCUGGUAUCACCUUUACGGACAACGGUUCCAUUGACCUAACAGUUCAGCAAUCAGGAGAGCAGGAGUUGUAUGGUUCCACUGUAAUGUCCGGAUCAGGAUCUAUGUCCGGAUCAGGUUCUUUGUCUGGGUCAGGCAUCAGUGGAUUUUCUAGCAUCAUCUUUACAGACAAUGAUGCCAUUGACCUAACAGUUCAGCAAUCAGGAGAACAGGAGUUGUACGGAUCUGCUGAAAUGUCUGGAUCAGGAUCUAUGUCCGGAUCAGGCUCUUUGUCUGGGUCAGGCAUCAGUGGAUUUUCUGGCAUCUCCUUUACGGACAACAGCGGCAUUGACUUAACAGUCCAGCCAUCAGGAGAGCAGGAGUUGUCUGGAUAUCAUCCCUUUACAACGGGAUACCCCAGUGGCUCUUCAAGUGGUUUUGCAUCUGGUGUUUUGGGCAGUGGUUCUGCCUCUGGCCAACCUUCACAGACGGACAGUGACAUCAUCUUUCUAACAGAUGACAGGAUAAAGGAAGUUACCAUUUCUCCCCAGGAGCACCACCCAGAAGAGGGUCGUGGCAUUAUAGAAAUAAGCGGCCAGGAAAGUGGUUCUGGAAUCCAUCUUCAAAUCUCAGGCAGUGACAGGCCGUCAACUGCUGGACUUUCUAUAGCUUUUCCUCCUGGAUCCACCAUGACCUACCCAGACUACAAUGGACCAUCAGGGCACGAGGAGGAGGAGGUCAUCGUUCUGACUCCAGGCCCUGCCUAUAUCAGCCCGACCACUGCACCGACAAUUUCACUGGCAACCCCUCCUGUUGUGGAGCAGCCAGAAGUAGAAGAGGCUGUGCAUGGUUGUCCCGAGGGCUGGUUGGAGUUCAUGGGAAGCUGUUACCUCCACUUUGCUGACAGACACACCUGGUCAGAUGCUGAGCAGCGUUGCCAGGAGCUCAAUGCCCACCUGGUCAGCAUCAGAUCUGAAGAGGAGCAGCUGUUUCUAAACUCCAAAGGUCAGGACUAUGAGUGGAUAGGUCUCAAUGACAAAGAAGUUCAGAAUGAAUUCCGUUGGACAGACAGCAGUGCUCUGACAUAUGAGAACUGGAGGCCCAACCAACCUGAUAACUACUUCAACUCCGGGGAGGACUGCGUGGUCAUGAUUGGGCAUGAGGGAGGCCAGUGGAACGACGUUCCCUGCAACUACUACCUUCCCUUCUCAUGCAAGAGUCAACCCGCGGGGUGCGGCGCGCCCCCGGAGGUGGAGCACGGCUCACCAAUGGGCGUCAGCCGAGAUCACUACGCUGUCAACUCCAAAGUGCGCUACCAGUGCCAAGCGGGCUACACGCAGCGCCACAUGCCUAUCAUACGUUGUAUGGAGAACGGACAGUGGGAGAGGCCACAAGUGGAAUGUACAGAAACAGCCGGCGGCAGCGGCAACAGGCUACACAGAAGAUCGGUGAAGAGCAGAAGUCGAGGAGUCAGCAGCCGACGGGAGCACAGGAAGAUGCUCUGAGCAGGACUGAAUGAAGCACAAGUGAGAUUCACAAAAGGACCCCUCUCGUGGACACCGAUGCUAAUGCCCGACCAAAAAUGAAAGCAUUUUGCCCGCCCCCCACCCCCAUGUAAACACAAGCACUAAAACACAUUUAGACAAGUGAUGAUGUAACUGACUCACAUUGUUUUUUCCCCAGUGUCUUUAGUGAUGGCACUUUUCCACAUUGUUAUUUAUAGAGUCUAAUUUAUAGCUAUAACUCAUGUUCUCCAUGCACACGUACUACUGGAGGAAUCAACAAAGGCUUAUUUGAAAGUGUUAUUGAUUGCAAAUGAUAGCGGGUUGCUAUAGUUUAAGCUCUUUUUAUUUGUGGGCCUGUGUUUGUAUUUGGUCCCUGGUGACUACUUUUUGAAAGAUUUUAUUCCAAGACUGUGAUUCUCUAGUGACAUCUUCAAUGAUCCCACUCUCGUGUAGUACAGGAGAACGUUUUUACUAAAUCACAAGAUGCUUUUCACAACAUUUCGUUUGUUUGUCAGUACAAAUCAGUUCAUCAUUAUGAACAAACUGUUCACAAACAAAUAAAUGCAAGACACAAAAGGUUUACUGAGAAAUUAAACAAUAAUAUAAUAAUUUUUAUGAAAACACGUUCAUUAAAUCCUCUGAAUUGUGUUUGAUGUUUAUGAAAACACAUUAAAUUGGCUUGCAAGUUUGCAAGAACCCACAUCAAACAGUUUACUGAAGAUUAAUUAUUCAUAGACCAUGUACGUUCAUUGAAAAAUCUGCUUUUUAUAGAUUAUUCAAAUUAAUUAAUUAAUGAUUUAAAUUAUCAAAUAAGUGCUUUUCAAAUCAUUCUAUUUUGAUGUUCAUGAAAACAUGGUUCUUUGAAGACUAAAUUGUCUUUGAUGUUAUUGAUUGAUCAUUCAAGACUAAAUCGUCUUCACUAACGGAAGAAAAAAAAUUGUCUGACGUUAACAAAACGUAAAACAUUUCACUUUAUUUAGUUGGACAGCUGGGAUAGGCUCCAGCACGCUCGUGACCCUAGUGAGGAGAAGCGGCUCAGAAAAUGGAUGGAUGGAUAGUUGAAGACAAAAAGGUUCAUUGUAGAUAAAAUUUUCCCACUCUUACGUAGGUGCAGGACAUUUUUUAUUGUUAAAUAAUGAACAGUUUUCAAAAUAUUUCAUUUUGCUGUUUACGAAAACAUCUGGUUAUUUGUAAACUAAAUUGUCUUUACGUUAUGUUACAUUAUGUUUGCGAAAAUGGGUACGUUUAAUUUAAAUGAAGACCGUCUUUGAUUUUCACAAAAACACUUUUCAAGCCAUUUCAUUUUGACAUUUAUAAAAAAAUAAAUUUCAUUGAAGAAUAAAUUGUUUUAAAAAAACACGCUAAAUUGUUUAGUUUACGAAUGAAUAUGUGUACAUUUAGUUCAAUUAAAGACUAAAUUGUCUUUGACGUUCUCGGUUACACGUUAAUUUUUUUUCAAAUUUUGCAAAAAAAAAAAAGAAAAUGGUUCUUUCAAGAUAAAAUUUUCCAUCUCUUACGUAGUAGGUGCAGGAAAUUUUUAUUAAUAAAUAACAAGCAAAGCGUUAAAUUUUGACGUUCUUGAGGAAUAGUCUUUGAUGUUAAUUAAAGCACAUCCGUUAGUUUGACUGACAACUCAAAAUUGUCUUCAAUGCUGACCAAAAGACAUUGAAUUAUCGUUUAAGUUUUCCAAAAAUGCGUACAUUUGUUUAACUGGUGACACAAAAUGUUCCCAUUCCUGUUUAGUGCAGGAUAUUAUUUGAUUAUUUUAAAAUAAGCGAUUUUUGAAACAUUACCUAUGCAAGCACAAAUCAGAAUUCAUUUCGACUACUGAGACAAAUGUGUCCUUGUCUGUGAAUAAAAACUCACGUUUGAAUAGUCACUGUUAGUGGAGACCCAUCGCUGGCUUAACGCAUGGGACUCACUGUAAAUAUUCUACACGUCAACUAUGUGAACAGCAGGAUCUGUCAAUAACCUACAAUUUCUUUUGUCGUUAUUCGUCCUGUAUAGUUUAGUUUCAUCAUGUGCUACAAUGAUGUUAUUAGUCAUCAGUUACUUAGUCGCGCUGUCAGUGGAAUUGGAAGAAUUUGAUUGCUGAACGUGGUGGAAAAACCACCAGCAGUCAUUUUUUGUGUUGUUUUAAAAAUGUGCCCUCAUUAGCAUAACACAAUGCAGUUACACUGAUAUAAUAAAGUUUUGCUUGGUUCAGGUUCUCACAGUAUAAAGUAGCGAAAUGAAAUGUAUUGAUAUCGCACUUUUCCGCGGGCAAAAGUGUUAUAUAGGGCAGAUACAGACUGUGAAGAUGUAUCCGAUUUUUGACAGCAAAUACAUCUAACAGACAGUCAAUUCACUCAAUUCUGUGUUUUUUUUAAAGCAGGCAAGAUAAUAGAAACUAAAAUUUCAAUAACUUAAAUGAGUAAUGAAAACAUGCAUCCAUCGCAGUCAAAAUGUUCCAUUGCAAUCAUUGUGUCGUUGUUGCCAUCCCUGACGUGAGCAUACAGUCUGCUGUAGUGUGCUGCGGCAAAUAAAAGGUGGAAUCCA